AUGAGUAACAACGAAUUGUCGAGCGAGUACGCCAUGAAGACUUCCAAGAAGCAGCAGGAGGCGCCGCCGACCCCCGAGCUGCCGGACUUCACUGGCGAGUUUCGCUCGGUUCACUGCUUCUGCCACUGUGACAGCCUGGUGCUCGCCGCCACGGACACCAAGGUGUACCUAUUCAACCCCACAAUCAAGGACGUCGUCACGCUGCCGGACAGCAGCCGCAACAAGGUGCCCGGCUACACCGAAAGGCCCAUUGGGUUCGGCCGUGAUCCUCGCACUGGCAUGUACAAGGUUGUCCGGUCCUUAUUCGGUUCGACAGACUGUAAAACUGGGAUCGUCAGCAUGGGGAUGGAGGUGUGUACCGUGGGCAGCCCUGCUCCUCCUCAAUGGAGGGAAAUCGCGGGGGAUCAGCCAUAUGCCCCUGUGUCAUCGGUGCCCGCGCAAUCUGUCAAGGGGUGUGUGUACUGGAUAGUCGACGAUACCAACUUCGAGCCGCGCUCGCGUGGCCUCCUACGCUUCGACUUGGUCGACGAGGCAUUCAACUUCAUCAGUUUGCCUUCUGAUCUGUCGGACCUCGGAGAUGACGACAAUGACAAUGAACACUUCAACUUGAGUGUGUUGCACGGGGAGUUGUCUCUAACCGGCUAUCGCGUCAAUGAGCCUAACGACGUGCAUCGGCUGGUGGUGGUCUGGGCGCUCAUGGAAGACGGGGCAAGCUCCGUGUGGGAACCGCGUCAUACGUUGUAUGUCAUGGAACCGUGCCACCCAAUCGCUUUUCUUCCGGGCACGUUGAUGCUACGGUUCAAUCGCAAGCUCUGCCUCUACGAUCUGCAGUCACGUGAGCUGGCAAAUGCUUGUGAGCUGAUCAAGAUGAGAUACCGGCGUCAUGGGUCAGCCGAACUUGAGCCUGCUUGGAAGCAUGUGUACUUCUGCAACGUCAUACCCUACAUGGAAAGUCUUGUUCCAGUCGGUGCUCACAUGGCCUGA